AUGGCAACCAAUAUCACAUGGCAUCCGUCUUUGUCCCGUCAUGAACGCAACAAGCUGCGUGACCAGCGCGGCUUCACCAUUUGGUUGACUGGCCUGUCCGCCUCGGGCAAGUCAACCGUAGCCACCGCUCUUGAGCAACAUCUUCUGCACUUGGGCCUUGCUGCUUACCGAUUGGACGGCGAUAACGUCCGUUUCGGCCUCAACAAGGACCUAGGGUUUUCAGAGAAAGACCGUAACGAGAAUAUUCGUCGUAUUGCAGAGGUCGCCAAGCUUUUCGCCGAUUCAUCCACCAUUGCCAUUACCUCAUUCAUCUCGCCUUAUCGCGCAGACCGUGAUACCGCUCGUGAGUUGCAUAGUCAAGCAAGCCAGAGCAACGAUGAUGCUAUUCCUUUUAUCGAAAUCUUCGUCGACGUCCCCCUCGAGGUUGCAGAGCAGCGCGAUCCUAAAGGGCUUUACAAAAAGGCCAGGGCUGGAGAGAUCAAAGACUUUACCGGUAUAUCAGCCCCUUAUGAGGAACCUUUGAGUCCCGAGAUCCGCAUCAGGACGGACAAGUCAAGUGUAGAGGAGUGUGUGGCGCAGAUCACCGAGUGGCUGGUCAAGGAGGGUCUCAUUUCACCAACCAAAAGUGUCUAA